CGGGAAUAGAAGAGAGAAAACUAUGGACUGAAUCACAGUUUUCAACGUGUCCGAUUUUUCAACCAAUUGGAGGUAUGCUCGGAUAGCGAUAUAUUAGGCGCGUUACCAAUCACGAAGAGCGGUUUCUCUCGCUGCGCAAGUCGUAAAAUCAUUUUGGAUGAAAUUUCUCUCAUCCCUCCACUAAAUUAAACGACAUUCAAAGUCGCGUCGUAGUGUGGCGCGGCCGUGCGGCGGAACGAGGCCACAGUCCGGAGAAACUGAGAGAAACCGCGGGAUGUUAAUGGUGGAUGGAUGGUGGAAGUUUCCUCCUCACUAGUCGUAAAAAAGGUAGAGAACCGAUGAACUGUCAUGUGAGUGGUAGGAAAAGAAAGAAAAGAUUUUGAUUGCGGUAUGUGAUGAAUGCUAACCAGGUUUGCGCCACGAAUGUAUACACGCGUGUGUUUGACGUAAUGAGAACGAGAAACGGCACGCGCGCUCUUGGUGUGGCCCUCGUAUAUUUAAUUGGAAGUGCAUGUUGCGGCCUUUCGUUUGACAUGUAAUGAUACAUCGACUACGUUAUCGGUAAGAGUCCAGGUGUAACACAAUGGAUCAGCAACAACAGCAAUCGGGUAAGAAAUAUCAAACAACGGCAAAUUCACCGGAGGCGGCUAUAGCUAGCGAGGUCUUCGAUCAAUUUUGCAAUGCCACCACCCUUAAGUCCAUACUUGGCCAUUAUCGACAUCUUUGUGAGUUGCUCAAGAUCAAGCCGAACACGAUAAAUCAAUUUUAUCCAAAAUUGAAGUCGAAACUGCGAUCGUGGAAGGCGCAAGCCUUGUGGAAGAAAUUCGAUCAAAGGGCUAAUCACAAGUGCUACAAUCGCGGAAAGGCAUGUCCCAAUACGAGGGUUUUGAUUAUAGGAGGUGGCCCUUGCGGACUUCGAUCCGCGAUAGAGGCACAACUGUUAGGUGCAAAAGUUGUGGUCGUUGAAAAAAGAGACCGCAUGUCUAGAAACAACGUCUUACAUCUUUGGCCCUUCGUCAUUCAAGAUCUUCGUGGAUUAGGCGCGAAGAAGUUCUUUGGAAAAUUCUGUGCCGGCUCGAUCGAUCAUAUCAGCAUACGACAGCUGCAGUGCAUCUUACUCAAGGUCGCCCUUAUUCUCGGCGUCGAGUUCCAUGAGAGCGUCAGCUUCGAAUCGUUGAUAUCACCACCGGAUAAUCAAGAGGAAGCCAAGAUCGGAUGGAGAGCUAAGACCUCACCUGCCGAUCAUCCUGUAUCGCAAUACGAAUUCGACGUGCUUAUCGGUGCUGAUGGAAAAAGAAAUACUCUCGAAGGUUUUAAACGCAAAGAGUUUCGUGGGAAACUCGCUAUUGCAAUAACAGCUAAUUUUAUAAAUAAAAGAACCGAAGCCGAAGCACGAGUUGAAGAGAUCAGUGGUGUCGCAUUUAUAUUUAAUCAAAAGUUUUUCAAAGAAUUGUAUCAAGAAACGGGUAUCGAUUUAGAGAACAUUGUCUAUUACAAGGACGAUACGCACUACUUCGUCAUGACCGCCAAGAAACAUAGCUUGAUCGAUAAAGGUGUUAUUCUUCAGGAUCAUGCUGACACUGCCAAACUCUUAGCAAAGGAAAAUGUAGAUCGAGAAGCAUUGAUGUUGUAUGCGAGAGAAGCUGCUGAAUUCUCGACAGAGUAUCAAAUGAUGGACAUGGAAUUCGCCGUUAAUCAUUACGGUCAACCGGAUGUGGCUAUGUUCGAUUUUACAUCGAUGUACGCUGCAGAAAACGCAAGUCGUGUUUUACAUCACAACGGGCAUAGAUUGCUCAUGAUUCUAGUCGGCGACAGUCUUCUUGAGCCAUUUUGGCCAACUGGAUCUGGUUGUGCAAGAGGAUUUCUUAGUUCGCUUGAUGCUUGCUGGGCGAUAAAAGGAUGGGGUACAUCCCUGACACCGUUAGAAGUAAUAGCUGAACGAGAAUCGAUAUAUAGGCUUCUUGGUCAGACUACUCCAGAAAAUUUAAAUAGGGAUUAUGCCGCAUACACUUUAGAUCCUCAUACAAGAUAUCCGAAUUUGAAUUCUCAUUCGGUUACUCCUGCACAAGUGCUUAGUUUGGUGGAUACAGAUGAUCCAGAAAUAAUUAAACAACCAGCAGUACAAGCUGAAAUUGACAUCCCUAAGAAACGGCGACGUCGUGAUCUUAGAGCAGACUCUCAAGUGCACCCGGACGUAUUGCUUCGUUGGUUACAAAAGCAGGUUGCUCUUUACGAAGGCGUACAUAUAGAAGACAUGGGUGCUUCUUUCAAAAGUGGUUUGGCUAUCUGUGCCAUUAUCCAUAGAUAUCGACCUGACUUAAUUGAUUUUUAUAGUUUAAAAACAACAGAAGUAGCAACAAAUAAUCAGCUUGCUUUUGAUAUUUUAGAAAAGGAACUAGGCAUAUCUCCGAUAAUGACCGGAGAAGAAAUGUCCCAAUGCGACGUUCCUGAUAAAUUAGCUAUGUUUUCCUAUUUGACUCAAAUAUACGAAGUUUUUCGCAAAGAGAUUCCCCAUAUAAAGCAUCCUAAAUUGGAACUAGACAAUGAAGAAAUAUCAUCGCAUCUAAUAUUAAGCCAUUUGACGGCCGAACAGAAAGCACAACUACUUGGACAUAUUGUCAAACAAGAAAGUGCAACGCGAACAAGACAUUCACGUUUACGUCAAUCAAGUGAAAAUAUACAACAGCAUGGAGAUAAAAAAGGUGAUACCAUCAGCCGGCGGUCUAGGAAAAGACGAAGUAUGGAGAAGAUUGGUGCAACAGUGGAGGAAAGGCUGAAAAGACUCGAUGAAAUAGAAAAGAAUCGUGUCGAACAUAUGAAGAGGCGGCAAUUCUUACGAAAAAUGGCAACACAACAAUUCUACAAAAGUAUGCAGAUGUUGCAAGCAAAUGCAAAACGGGAAAGAGAUGAGCCUUUUGAGGAUUACUCGAUAUUCUUAUAUCGUCAGACUGCUCCAGAUUUCAAGGAUAGAGUGAAAGAUCUGGAGCAGAAAAUCUUGCACCCAGACAGAGAAUCUAAGUUACAUGCCAGUCAUCAUAGGUAUGGAAUAGAUGAAGAAUUUUCCGGACGAAUAAAAAAUAUUGAACAUAAAUUAAAGGGUUCUGGGUUGCCAGAAAAAAAGCCGAGAGAUCUUCUACGUGCUAUUGGCAAAAUUGAAAAAACCGAUUGGAAUAUUAAAGAAAUAGAAAGAAAGAUAGAAGAAAAUAAAAUGGGCCAUGGAGUGCGACAUGACAAAGUAGAACGAGUGCCGAAAUGGAGUCGAGAACAGUUUUUAGCUCGACAAAUUAAAAUGGAGAAGAAGGGGCAUGAUCCAAAGGACGUAAAUAGUAAGUAUGCCGAAAUUGACAAUACCCUUAAAAGUAUUGACAAGAAGAUUAAAGAGGGUAGUGUACUUGGACACAAUAAAGUCUCAGCUAUGGCUGAGCAAUUUUCAAGUAAAACGCAGGAUACAGAACCUAAGGUGCAAAAAUCGAAUACUAAAACGCCACUUACAUUACCUGCGCAAGGAGGUUCAGAAAUGUGUCAUUUUUGUAAUAAGAGAGUUUAUCUUAUGGAAAGGUUGAGUGCAGAAGGCAAAUAUUUUCAUCGAGGUUGUUUCCGUUGUGAAUAUUGUUCAACUUCAUUAAGAAUAGGAAAUCAUACAUAUGACAGAUUAAAGAAUGGUGGACGCUUCUAUUGCACACAACACUUUGGUCUUUCAGGAACUAUGAAAGGUAGAAUUGAAAAGAAGAAAUCUACAGUAAAUAAAGAAAAUGUAGCAAAUACAUCUGCUAAUACAAUAGUUCCAGAGAAGAUUAAUAUACAAACGGAAGGAGUCGUAGGACUUGACUUACUUGAUCGAGGUCAAACACCAGAAAGAAUUGAAUUUGAAAAUUUAGCAAGAGUAUCAGAUACGGAAGAAGCACACAGUCAAAUGGACGAAGACGAAUGGACGGAUAGAAAUUUUGGUGCUUCUGCAGCGGAAAUGGGCUCCAGCGAUGAUAUUUCUGAUAUGAGUGAUUCAGAUGACGAUAAUGAAGUUUUUGAAGAAGCAAUAGAUCAGCCAUUGACCACAGAGGGAACUUUAGAAUUAGCUAAAAAUUGGACACUUCGUUAUUCCAAUUCUCAAAAUGCAGCCGGACAAUCUGAUACAGGAAGUAAUGAAUAUGAAGACUCCAGUGAUGAAUAUACCAGUGAAGAGGAUGAAAGCAGUACUGCAACAGAAGAUGAAGAUGAUGCGCGUGCUCGAGAAUUACGCAAACAAGAGGUCUGGUUGCCAGUUCCUCCAAUGAGUUCUGAUACAGAUACUGGUUCAGAAACAGAGGUUGCUUCCGACGAUGGAUCAACAGAAGAAAGCGAAGAAAAUUCGGCUACAGAAAUAUCUACAGAUUCUGAAUUUGAGCAUGAUGGAGUUACACCAACAAGGCAUGAAAUUCCAGAAAUUACAAUUAAUGAUGCAUACGUUCGAAAGACCAGGGGUAAUUAUGUGGAACCUAAGAAAGUGCAGGUGAAAAGUAAAAUAAUAUCAUCAAUUAAUGGAAAGUUUAAACAAGAAAAGGAUUCAGAAGGUAAAGUUGAUUCGGGAGAUUUAAAUCCUAUAAAAAAAACAAUACAAGAAACUAAAACUGAAUCAAAAUCUCCAAUGCUUGGAUCUAAUUUCAACACAAACAAUCUGUCACCACUAAUUAAUCCACGAAAAGGUGACUACCUAUUAAAUCGCACGCAUUCUACAGAGGGAAUUGCAUCUAAAUUGUCUUUAGAACUCAAGAAAAGAUAUUUGUUGGGUGGAUCAGCUCUUGGUGGCUCCGUUAUGAAGUCUGGUUCUACUUCAAAUGUAGAUACAAAAUUAAGAAGUCUCACAGAUGCAAUUUCUCAACAUCAGAAACUUUUAAAUCCAGCUCCUGAACCAAGUCCAACAAUGCAAGCAUUUUUACAAGGCACAAGCAAAUUACACUUAAGUAAUAGUCAACUUUCUCCAUUAUCACCUACUAUGUUAUUUUCUUCUCAAUCUGUUAGACCACUAUCAGUUAAUCAAGUUUCUAAAAUCAAUCCAAACAAUGGUUCUUAUGAACAUAAAGCUGCUAGUGGAAUAUCAGAUCCAUCUAAAAUACAUCUUCCAGAUUUGGUAACAGAAACAAGUAUUUUAAAAUCUAGGACUGCUCCUAAUGUCAAUGAAUCUAUGAAAGAUGCUGAAAAAAAACAAAUAGAAGAAAAAAUUUCUCCCAAAACUAAUGAUACCAAUACAAAAUCUUUGAUACUAGAGAAUGUUAAUGCUCAAAUUACAGAAAAAACUCAUUCUAUGGGUUUAGAUGAGAAUAUCAGUUGCCGCCCUCGUAGUCCAUUACAUGAAACAUCAAUUAUUGUUCCUGAAGUACAUUGGGUUAAAAACAAAAAAGAACUAAAAGAAGCCGAUAGUACAGAAGACUCAGAAAUCGAUAGUGAUUCUUUAUCUUUAAGUGAUGUUGAAAUAGAAGAAGAUAACAAGGGCGAACAGUUACUUACUACAAAUUUAUCUCCGCCAAGACUUCAAAUUCAUAGUACAGAUGGAGAUCUUUUGUUGGACGAAGGUAUUGAAAAGAAUAAGGUAUUGGAUAUCUGUUCCACAUUUGAACCAGAUUCUAUCGAAUGUUCAAUUUUCCGAGAUGAACAAUCAAACAAUGAACAAAUAGUAACACAAUUAAUGCAAUCAUCUUUGAAUAACGAUAAAUUAAUUGAAGUUUUAAAUAACAAAAUAGAAGAAUGUGAUUUACAUGAUAAUAAUAAACAAAGUAUUAGCAGUUGUAGUAGUCCCGCGUCAGUGACAUCUGCAAUAUCUAAUAAACAAGAUGAUUCAGAGGAAAACGAUGUAACAACAACAGCUGCGCUUACUGAAACAGAAUUUUCAGAAUGGGCUCGCGAUGGUCAAGAUUUAGUUUCUUAUGACUUGCAAGAUACUGAUUUUGACAUAAAUCCUGAAUUUGUAACUAAAAGAAAAAAUUCAAAUUUAUUCUAUGGAAAAUCAUCUGUGUGUAAUACGACAAUGAUGAAAAGAGAAAAUCCGGAAAAUACACAAGCGUAUACUUAUAAAUCGGAUAGAAGAACAGAACUUCCAUCAAAUAAUACUUCCGAACUUCUUGCAAAUGGAGAAAACAUUGAUUAUAUGGAUACAGAUAAUGAAUCUCUUUUAGACGACAGUCUUCAAGAUGCGACUAAUACAGCAUUACUUAAGAACAGAGGAUAUGUUGAAUUUGUAAAUAUUAAAACUAUUGAUUCUUUGAGAAGUAACAUAACCGAUGCACCAAUAGCAACAUUGGAAUGUGAAAACGACAUUUGUUCAGAAGAGGAAAUCGUUAACAAUGAAAAUAUUAUUGAAAUCAAUCCUGUAACUAUGGAUGAUGUCAUGAAUAAAUUAAAUGGUGCUACAAAUUCUGCAGAUAAUAAACCUCAAGAAAGUUCAAUUUCCAAUAAUACAGAGUCAAGAACUGUUCAAGAGGCACAAAUUAUUUCAGAAACAAUUAACAAUGACUCAUUGCAAUCUAUGGAUGAAGAUAGUUUGUUAAUAGUUGAACCUGCUGAAGAUACAACUACCAGUGAAGUCAUUACAAUACUUGCUAGUCCUGUUAAUCCACAAAAAUCUAUUGUGCCUAAAGAAGAAGUACAUGAGCAAAUACAACAAGGAAAAACACUCGCAGAUUCGAGUAAUCCGGAUUAUUUAGAAUAUGUAAAGCGUCUUCAAUCAAGAAUUGCAGAAUUUAGUAAUGCUAAAGAUUCAAUAGAUGUCCGAAAAUCCAAAAGAAAAAAUUCUAAAAACUUGGCGCAAACUCGGACAGCGGAAUUAAUAGCAGAAGAGAUUAGAAAUCAGGAGUCAUUCAAUAAUAAUAAUCUCAAUUCUCCUGCCACUUCUCGUAAAUUAGAAGAAAUUACAAGAGAAAGAUCUAAGCAAAAAAAUGUUAUUGAAGAUUUGUUAAUGGAUAAAUUGGUUGCACAUAAACAAAAAUCUGCAGAAAAGAAAGCCAGAAGAGCAGCAAGGGCUUCUUCUUUUAGCUCUGUACUAUCUCCAGUGAAACUACCUACUAUCGCUGCUACUACAACUAAUAAUACAUCUGCAACUAAAUUCGUACCAACAUCUUUAGAAACGCAAAUUAGUAAUACUACUCAUAAUAUGACAUUUGCUGAUGCCAAAAAAAUAUUGCAGACAGAACAAUCAUUACCUGUUGAUUCUAAUAUAUCAUCUCAAAAAACAGAAAACAAUGAAAGUACUUAUAAAAAAAGCACAAAUCAAGCAGAAAAAUAUGAAAAUUCUGCAUCUUCAAAUUUGCAUAGUGAAAUGGACAAGGAUUUCAAAACUCCUAUUGCUCCACCUAGAUUCAAACAUGAGGAGGCUAAGAGAACAACAGAAAAGGCACGACAAGACGCAAGAGAAAGAGCUAGGUUGAAAAGUGAUGAAGAUCUAGGAUUAAGUCCGGAGGAUAAAAUCAAGGAAUUAAAAAUGAAGUUCGCACGUCGACAACAUUCGGUCGAAGAGAGAAGAAAGACAGAAGAUAUAGUGUCACCCGAAAUUAAAAGCAGAUCUUUUAGUUUCACUAUAAAUAAACCAGGAUCCAAGCUUCAAACGAGUAAAAGUACAGAUAAUAUGAAAGCAAUAACAAAAAAAAUGAAUCUUAAAGAUGUAUCAACCAUAAGUGCAAAAUCAAUGGACGAAUUAUCAAAAGCAACUAAUGCUUCAAAUUCUGAUAAUGCAACUGGUGGAAUGAAAGGAGAAACGAAAAAAGCAAAGGAUCCAGAAAGACGGAAAAGUAUUAUUCAAGCAGUUUCUGACUUCUUCUUCAAGAAGGAAACGUCGGUCUCUCCGCAGAAGGACAAGCUAUCGAUGUUCCGCCUUACAUCAAAAUCUAAGGGCAAAUUAUAUAAAUCAUAUUCGGAUGGGUCAGAUAUUGAUAAAGUGGAUUCUACAAAAUUAAAGGCAAGGCCCAAGAGUGUUUGUGAAACUAUGCUUAUAGGAAACUACCUCAAUGAAAAUCCUCCAGCUAUCCCUCCACCACCUCAAGAUUACAUUAAUGUUACAACACAUAUUUCAGAUGACAGUUUAUCAGAAGAUGAUACAAAGACUGCAGCUUUGUCUACAUCUCAAGUACAAAAGGCUAUUGCUACAGAAGGAUCUUGUAAUAGCAUUUCACGUAAAACAAAAACAAUGAGAAAAUUAACACGGCAAGCACAAUUGAAACGACUAAGGAUGGCACAGGAAAUACAAAGAAAAUUAGAGGAAACAGAAGUAAAGCAAAGAGAAUUAGAGAGUAGGGGUGUUAGUGUUGAAAAAGCACUUCGUGGAGAAGGAGAUUGUUCAGAUAGAGAAGAAGCAGAUUUAUUAAGGGAAUGGUUUGAUUUGAUGAAAGAACGUACAGAACUACGUAGAUAUGAAAAAGAACUUCUAGUACGUGCACAAGAAGUACAAUUGGAAGAUCGUCAUGAAAGAUUACAACAAGAGUUACGUGAACGUUUAGCUGAUGAUGAUGAAAAAAAGACGAGUGCUGAUGUUGAAAAGGAAGGAGAAAUAUUGACUGAAAUGUUAGAAAUUGUUGAAAAACGAGAUACACUUAUAGCUCUUUUAGAAGAAGAACGACAGAGGUAUCAAGAUGAAGAUCGUGAUCUUGAAGCUCAGAUGUUGGCUAAAGGCCUCAGAUUAAUACCAAUAAAAAAAGUGUGCUCUAAGUAUUCAGUUUAAUGUAGGAAUUGCACUCUGUAUACAGAUUCCGCUUUACUUUUUUUAUAAAUUAAGUCUAUUUGAAAAAUGUAUUAUAAAAUUGUAGGUAUCUUAUAAAUAUGGACAGUCAAAUCAAAUAUUUUAUUUUUGCUUCAAUGUUUUUCAUUAUAAAUUCAAUGCAGAUACUCUUCAAACGCAUUACAUAUUCUUUAAGUAUUCAUAAAAUAUAGUAUUUUACACUAAUGAUACGCUUAAUAUGCAGUUAGUGCAUAAUCAGAUCAAGUUAUAUGAAUUUUUUAAGAUUAAGAUUUGGCUCAAUCUUCUCUUAUCAAAAAAAAAAAAAAAAAAAAAAAACAAAGAAAAGAAAAGAAAAAAAAAAGAAAGGAAAGAAAGAAAAUGUAUGUUACAAAUAAUACAUAAGUGCAAUGAAAUAUAAAAAAUUCCCAUUACAAAUAUAUUUAAUACAAUUCGACACACUUGAAAUUAAAAUUUUCAAGCGUUACUUGAUGAAAGAAAUCAUAUUAUACACAAUAAUGUACUCAAAAGUGUGUACGUAUGGGCAUAAACAGAAAGUUCUAUAACAGUCUCAGGACAUACUUCAUAGAAAACGAAGUUUGGUGUAUACAUAAAAUAUCUUCGAAUAAUUCAUUAUAAAAAUAUCUUAUUCUUUUAUUAAAAAUGAUUGGGAUAUAUUAGUCACAGACAUAUAUUUAAUAAUUAUAAGCAAGUAACAAAUAACAUAUUUUUCAAGAAAUAUAUGAGAAAAUUUGUAGCAAUUAUACAACACAGAUUGGUUGUGCUACAAUUCGUAAAUGUGACGACUUAAUAAAAUGAAUUAAUUUCACAUGAGCAAUAUGUAUAAUAAUAAAUUAAAAUUAUAUUAACUUUGUGUGUUCAAAGGCCUAAUUAUAAAAGAAUAUGAAUGACAGAUAAUUACUUAAUUUAUAACUUUCAAUAUUAAUUAUUUAUUUGCAAAAUUUAUUACACACAUGUGUAAAGUAAAUAUUCUGAAAGAAAAAAUGAUUUGAUAAUUAUUUUUCAAAAAAAUAUUUGAUAUUUAUAUGAAAUCUGUCGAAACACAAUGAUUAAAGUGCAGCUUCUCUGUGUGUAUGAAUGCAUUGUGUGUGGCGUGUGUGUAUUCUGUAUUGAAUCUAAUCGAGAAUAUAAUAUUUCUGUUUUCAAAUGAAACAACAAUAUUUGUUUCAAUCAUGAUGUUCUAUUUAUUCUAUAACAAAACAUUACUGACAUAUUACGAAUAUGAUUUUUCUGGUAUAGAAUAAUUCUUAACGUAUGUGAUCUUAUUAAAGGGCUACUUUGAAUACAUAUAUCAUAUAACAAUGAAUAUGAAACAAUUUUCAAAUCGUGUGAAAAAAGAUUUUUCAAGUGUGAUUAUUAUUCGUAAAUUAAUAUUUUGUAAAUAAUUAUAUUGACAUACAUCGAACAAAGUGCUGCCAGUUUUUGUCAAUAAAUAUUACUAUAGCUAGAUUUUCGGAUAAUAGUUUAAUGAAGACUAUUUAAAAGAGUUGACCUUUAUU